AAACGAAACUUCCUUCCUAGAUCGCCGUUGCUGCUGUGUAAGUUCUGCCGCAGGUUAGUAAACUUUGAUUGAUUACCCUCCUAUCGAACUUUGAGUCUCUCAGCGGACGCCAGUGCCAUCCGUAGUUCCUAGCAAAGUAGCAGUACCAGUCCCAGCGUUUAUUUAUCAUGGCAAGUCAAGGGCUCCUAUCCCCCUCCUUUUCCGGUGAAUGGACUUACGAUGUAUUCCUUAGUUUUAGAGGUGAAGAUACCCGCACCAAUUUUACUGGCCAUCUCUACAAUGCUCUCAAGCUAAAGGGUAUUCUAACUUUCAUUGAUGAUGUGGGUCUCCAAAGAGGGGAAGAAAUCACUCCAGCUCUUCUCGAAGCCAUCCGACAAUCGAGGAUUGCCAUCAUCGUUUUCUCCAAAAAUUAUGCAUCCUCUACUUUCUGCCUUGAUGAACUUGUCAACAUACUUCACUGCGUCAGAGGAGAAGGUCGGUUGGUCUGGCCGGUUUUCUACGAUGUCGAUCCAUCAGAAGUCCGACACCAGCGUGGGAGUUACGGACAGGCGUUGGCAAAACACGAUGAUCGAUUCCAAGCCAACAAGGAGAAAGUGAGGGAGUGGAGGGAGGCUUUAUGUGUGGCAGCUAACCUAUCUGGCUGGCAUUUCCAACAUGGAUCUCAACCUGAAUAUGAAUUUAUAAAUGGGAUCAUUGAAGAGGUAUCCAAAAAGAUCGAUCGCGUUCCUUUACACAUAGCUAAUCACCCUGUUGGACUGGAAUCUUCUGUUCAAGAAGUGAUCUCACUUCUGGAACUUGGGUCUGAUAAGGGGGUUAACAUGGUAGGGAUAUGUGGAAUCGGUGGAGUAGGUAAAACAACAGUUGCACGGGCUGUUUAUAACCUCAUCGGUGAUCAAUUUGAAGGUGUCUGCUUUCUUGCUGAUGUUAGAGAGAAGGCUAUUGGCAAGCAUGGACUUGUGCAACUUCAAGAGACGCUACUUUCUCAAGUACUUGCCGGACGACCUGAUUGGUUUGGAUUUGGCAGUAGGAUCAUUAUCACGACGAGAGAUAAACAUUUGCUUAGUGCUCAUGGGGUACAAAAAUUAUAUGAGGUGAAGGGGCUAAAUUUCAAUAAAUCCCUUGAAUUGCUGAGCUGGAAUGCCUUUAAGAAUAACAGGGUUGAUCCAGAUUACAUGGACGUUUCUCACCGUGCAGUCUCCUAUGCUGCUGGCCUUCCGUUGGCUUUGGAAGUAAUAGGGUCUGACCUAUUUGGUAGAAGUAUAGAAGAAUGGAAUUCUCAGCUAGACAAGUAUGCAAGAAUCCCUUGUAAAGAGGUCGAUGAAAUCCUGAAAGUAAGCUAUGAUAGUUUGGAAGAGAAUGAGAAGGAAACUUUCCUUGAUAUUGCUUGUUUCUUUAAUAAAUUAGAACUGACUUACACCAAGGAAAUGCUGUAUGCACAUGGCUUACACGGAGACAUUGGAAUUAGAGUCUUAAUGGACAAAUCUCUCAUCAAGAUGGAUAGUUCAAAUUGUGUGAGAAUGCAUGACUUAAUUCAGGACAUGGGCAGAGAAAUUGUUAGACAGGAAUCAACAUUUGAGCCUGGCAAGCGUACUAGGUUGUGGCUUGAUGAGGACAUCGUUCAUGUUUUGGAAGAAAACACGGGAACUGAGAAAAUUGAAGUCAUUAUGCUUCACUCAUGCAAAUAUAUAGAAGUGCAAUGGAGUGGAGUGGCAUUCGAGAAGAUGAAAAACCUGAGAAUCCUUAUUAUCGAAAAUGUACACUUCUCCAGGGGCCCCGAAUAUCUCCCUAAUACUUUGAGAGUAUUGGACUGGAGAGGAUAUCCAUCAUCAUCUUUACCAUCUGAUUUUAAGCCCAGGAAACUUGUCAUACUCAGCCUACCUGAAUGCUGCCUUCAAAUUUUUAAACCAUCAAAGGUGUUUCAUUCUUUAGGUCUCAUGGAUUUUGAAGGUUGUAAAUUCUUAACACAAGUACCUAACCUAUCUGGACUGCCUAACUUGGGAGCAUUGUGUCUUGAUAAUUGUACAAAUCUGAUUAGUGUUCAUGAAUCAAUCGGGUUUCUUGAUAAGCUCAGAUUGUUGAGUGCCCAAGGUUGCACUCAGCUUGAAAUCUUAGCAACUCGCAUCUAUUUGACUUCUCUUCAGACUCUGGAUCUCAGGGGUUGCUCAACGCUUUGGAAGUUCCCAGAAGUACUGGGACUCAUGGAGAAUAUAAGAGACAUUUAUUUGGAUCAGACUGCCAUAAAAGAACUUCCAUUUUCAAUUGAAAACCUUAUUGGAUUGAAACGGCUAUACUUGAGGCGUUGUCCACAGCUUAGACAGCUGCCAAGCAGCAUAUUCUCAAUCCCCAAACUCGAGGUGGUGCUGGCUUACCGAAGUAGAGGAUUUCAAUUAUUUAGAGGGUAUGAAAUUCAAGCAAAACAGAGGCCAGAAGUGUCUUUUGCCACGAUUCAACUCUAUUCUCUACCAGAUUCUAGCAAUCAAAGCACAAGGGACGCUCAGUUCGAUUUUUACCUUAAUGGUUACUGUAUAAGCAAAAGCGAAACAAAUUUCUUUCAAAUAUUUCCUCUUCUAGAAACUUCGGUUAGUUUUGUUCGGCUUUCCAGCACUAGCAUCGGAUUUCCUCCUUUUAGGGGCCGCUCUACUAUCCUCCCAGUGAUUGAGAACCAAAAGACAAUAUUAACAGCCUUCUAUGCAAGCAGGGAAUCAUCAGUUUCUUUCUGGUUCUGUGAGAAUUUCCCAAAGAUAGGCAUAUAUGUGAUUGGGGGAUCAGGCACAGAAAUAGACUACUCAAUCUUGGACGUUAGGCUGAGAGUGUUUGUCAAUGGUUCUGAACAACUUGUUUAUUUGGGUAAUUACAUAGUUUGUGAACGAAAAAUGGCAAAACAUAUGAUUUGGUGUGGCUUGCGAUGCAAACACAAUAGGGUGAUUUCAACUCAUAAAUGGAAUCAUGUUCAUGUUUCGUGGGAGUUGAAAUACCUCAGGCCAUAUGAUCCUCGGGUAAUUUCGGACGACAAUGGAACCCCAACAAUCGAAAUAGAUUGGUCUGGAAUUCAUGUCUAUGAGGAAGAAAACAGCAGCAUUGAAAAUAUGCGGUUCACAGACCCUGAUAUCUCUCUGUCUCAGGUUGAAACGAUGAGGAAUGACUAUAUAAUCUGUUUUCAGGACACAUCAGAUUACUGGGAAAGCGAGUUGCUCACACUGAUGAAAGCAGCGAAUUCAACUCCUUUACUUAGUUUUGAAGAAGUUCAGCAGAGACUUGGUUUUGAAAACUCGAGGCUGCUGUUUAAUGUGGCUGACAACUUGGAUCGGUUGUGGAGUGGGACAAGAGUACUCUGUCUUCUACGCGGGGGAGGUGGCGGGAUAGAAGUUACACGGGAGAAGAUACAUAUGUCCAAGAAAGAGUCGUUGGAUACCACCUAUCACAGUGAUGAUAGUAAUGUUCUGAGUGCCGCUGUUGAAAUUAUCGCUGAUGCCACGUCUAAGGAACAGAGGGAGGGAAUAUCUUCUCAGCAGUCCAUCAGCGACCAGAAGGAAACUUGCUAUCGUGUGACCCCCUUAAAGUUGCCCCUCCAACUUUUUGGGCGGCCGAUUUGGGAGGAUAUUUAG